CCUUUCUUCCUCUGACACGCAAUCUUAUCGCGCACACUCAUUAAUCGCCGGCGGGUUGGAGCUACAUUCACGUAGGAUUUGUCUGCAGUCCCUACUUCUCUUUACGCUAUGGUUUUAGAUCUAGAUUUGUUUCGUGAGGACAAGGGUGGGGAUGCGGAGCUUAUUAAAGAGAAUCAGAGAAAGAGGUUUAAGGAUCCGGACUUGGUAGAUGCAUUAUUGAAAUCAGAUAUUGCGUGGAGAAAAUGCAGAUUUCAGUUAGACAAUCUGAACAAGCUGAAAAAUCUGUGUAGCAAAACCAUUGGAGAUAAAAUGAAGAAAAAGGAGCCUGUUGGUGACAGUGACGCUCUUCCAGACAAUGCUUCUAAUCUAGACCAACUAACAGUAGAAAUUCUGGUUACAUUGUCCGUAAAACAAAUCAAGAGUCUUCGGAUCCUAGUAGAUGAGAAAAUUGGCGAAACGGAAGCAGAACGUUUGCGUUUAGAGAAUGAGAGAUUUGAAAGCCUGCGUGAAAUUGGAAACCUACUACACCCAUCUGUGCCAAUCAGUAAUGAUGAGGACAACGAUAAUACAGUUGAGCGCAACUGGGGAAAUUGCGAUGAGCGUAAAAGAUAUUCCCAUGUAGAUCUUGUGGUCAUGGUGGAUGGCUUUGAAGGUGAGAAAGGUGCGGUGGUUGCUGGAAGCAGAGGAUACUUUCUGAAGGGUCCACUGGUAUUCUUGGAACAGGCUAUUAUCCAGUGUGCACUUCAGUCUCUGUCUGAUAAAGACUACACUCCUAUCUAUACACCAUUUUUCAUGAGGAAAGAAGUAAUGCAGGAGGUAGCUCAGCUGAGCCAAUUUGAUGAGGAGCUAUAUAAGGUGAUUGGAAAAGGCAGUGAGAAGUCUGAUGAUGGCUCCAUUGAUGAGAAGUACUUGAUUGCAACUUCAGAGCAGCCAAUUGCUGCUUUACAUCGUGAUGAGUGGUUGAAGCCUGAAGACUUGCCUAUUCGCUAUGCAGGCUUAUCCACUUGCUUCCGACAGGAAGUGGGCUCCCAUGGAAGAGAUACACGAGGAAUCUUCAGAGUGCACCAGUUUGAAAAGAUUGAACAAUUUAUUUAUGCUUCACCCCAUGGCAACAAGUCAUGGGAAAUGUUUGAAGAGAUGAUUCAGACAGCAGAGACAUUUUACCAAAUGUUGGGCAUUCCAUACCGCAUUGUCAACAUUGUGUCAGGUUCUUUAAAUCAUGCAGCCAGCAAGAAGCUCGAUUUAGAAGCCUGGUUCCCUGGCUCUGGUGCCUUUAGAGAGUUAGUGUCCUGCUCCAACUGCACAGAUUAUCAAGCUCGACGAUUACGUAUACGUUAUGGACAGACGAAAAAGAUGAUGGAUAAGGUCGAGUUUGUUCAUAUGUUAAAUGCUACAAUGUGCGCCACAACACGCACUAUCUGUGCGAUCCUGGAAAACUAUCAGACUGAUACAGGAAUUAUUGUACCAGAAAAACUCAGGAAUUUCAUGCCUUCCGGACUAAGAGAGAUCAUCAAGUUUGUGAAACCUGCUCCAAUUGACCUGGAAAUUACAAAAAAACAGAAGAAGCAGCAAGAUGGUGGAAAGAAGAGUCAAAAUAGUGGUAUAGAAUCUCUGAUGCAGACUAUGGAAGUGAACAGUGCUUAAUAUUAUAUUCUCUUAAUUCCUGUGCAUGCCUCCACCUGGCUGACUUCACCAACUAAUAAUUCCAUUUACUGAAACUUAAACUCUCCUGUAAUUUAAUUACUGCUCUCUUGUGUUGGUGCUUUGUACAAAUUAAAAUAGUGGCAUUUUAUGUGUGGGCAGUGUGGCUGAAGAGACAAUGGCAUAGCAAGUUUAAAAAAAAAUAAAGCAAUUUAUUCAAAA